UUGUUGUGUAUUGUUAUUGUUUUUGUGUUAUUUCAUGCCACUCGUUAGGGUCUCUGCCCCUUUUUUGUGGUGUUUUUUAUCUUGGUCCCUCCCUCGGUCUUUUCCCUCCCUGUUGGGUAUAAAACAGAGAAAAGCGGGGGGGUGAUACUCACUCAGAUAGUCCUCCUGCAGGGACCAGCUGCAGAAAGAACGAGUCUGCUCCGUCUAUCGUGGACUUGUACCCAGCUGAUGGACGGAGGACUGACUGUGUCUCUUUGGUGRGAGGAGAUGGAGGACGACCAGAGUCAAGAGCAGAGGAAGAGCGAGGACCGAGUCCAGGGUCCUGGCAGGACCACCUCUCAGCUUCGGGCCGCCUGGGACCCCACGGUGUCGGGGCGCCGAGUCGUCCAGAGGCUGCUGCAGGUGGAGGAGCGGUACCUGCCCUCCGUUCUCUACAUCAGCCUGGUCCAGCGGGACCCGGGACACCGAGAGGAGCUCACCAAAUGGGCCCUGGAGGUGUGCUGCGAAUGCGGCUGUGACGAGGCCGUCUUCCCCCUGUCCGUCUCUCUGAUGGACAGGUUCCUGUCCGCCUCUCUGACCCUGUCGGUCUCACCYUACCGCCUGGCCGCCGGCUGCAUCCUGAUCGCCUCGAAGCUCACGGAGAGUGACGCUGUCCCGGCCGACGCUCUCUGUGCAGCAGCCGAGUACAGCUUCCACAGCUCAGAGCUGAGGGAAAUGGAGCGCGUCGUCCUCGCCACACUCCGGUGGGACACAGCAGCAGUGACCCCCCAGGACUUCCUUCCACACUUUCUUGCUUCCGUGGAGGAGCGGGGAGACUCGGAGCGGGAGCUGCUGUCCACCCUGCGGAGGCACAGCGACACGCUGGCUGCCAUGUGCAUCUGUGACGCUCGUUUUCUGGGCACCCCGCCCUCGGUGGUUGCUGCAGCGUCACUGGACUGUGCCCUGAGAGGCCUGGGCAACAAGGGGUCCUCUCAGCUGGCUGUCGUGGGUGAAACACUGGCAGAGCUGUGCCAGACGGAUCCGGCAGUGCUGCAGUGUUACAGUGAGAUGAUCGAGUUUGCCCUCCGACAACGGCUGAGGGGUGAGAUGCAGCGGGGUCCCACKGAGAAAGAUGAAGAGGUGGAAAACGAGAGGGCUGGAACACCAACUGACAUGAGAGAGAUUGAUUUUUGAACCAUAGAAACUGCAAAGAAACUUUAAAUCAAACAGAACCCUUUGAGUUCAUCAGUCAAACUGAUAUAAAUUCACUAUAUGCUCUAUUAUAAUUUUUAUUGAUUGUUAAUUUAUUUUUUGUCUUAUUUAUUUGUGAAAGCUGCCUGUACCAUGUGUUAUACUUGAGUAUGUUUUGGUGUGAAUUUGUGUUGUAGGACUGGAAGUUAUUUAGACGCACAAUAUUUAUACAUUUAUUUAUGAUAACGUGCAAUUAAUGUUAAUUUUUAUAAUUUAUUUCAAUUUUCAUAAUGUGUUUUAAUUGAACUGAUUUAAAUAUACAUAAAAUAUAUUUUUCAACUUUUGUACACGUUUGUGCCUGUUUUCCUUUUCCUUAGAGAAAAUGAUUUAUCAGAAAAUUUUUAUCGAUUUAUUUCUCUCUCUCUCU